CAACUUGUUCAGAUGGUUUUGCCUAUUGUAUUGUAUUGUAUUUUUAGUUUAUAUACAAUGUUUGUUUUGAUUCUUACUUAAACUAUAUUUAACGUGAUCGCUCAUUUUGUCUUAAAUUAUUCUCUAAUAAUCUUAUUUUAUUGUAACUUGGCGUCAAUUGACAACUAUGACCUUUAACUUUUGGUGUGCACAAGUAGUCACUUAAACUUGUAUAAAAUUGAGCAAAUGAACACAUUCGUCCUACAUGGCACCAUAAAUGACAAUUUUAUAUCCCACAUAGCAUCCUACGUGUACUAUGUCAUGUAGGACACUUGUGUCUACUUGUUCAAUUUUAUAAUACUUUAAGUGUCUACUUGUGCACAUUCAAAGUUAGAGGGCAUAGUUGUUCGUUGACGUCAAGUUAAAGGUCAUGUUUAUGGAUUAUGUUUUUUAUCUUUUAUCCUACUUUCCAAUUAUGGCUCUACUUCGUAACCUAUUUCUUUUUGGUUGGUUUUUCCUUCAAAUUGAAAACGAUACAUUAUUCAUCAAAAUAAUACACUACAAUACAAUAUAAUUUACAUCGUUUGUGCAUAUAACUCAAGUCCGAUGUAUUUAUGUUUAUUUCAAAAUCCUACCGUUGUUUGUUGAUGGAAUCAGGUUAUUGCUUUGCUGAAGCAGGAGGGCAGCAUAUGUCUGGAAUGGCAAGUGCAGUAGAAGUAUUAGGCUUGCGUGCGUGUUUAGCCGAGUCAAUUAUGGACUAUGGUGAGGGUUUGCCAGCUUCAUGGGCUGCUAGGACUACUGAUGAGUGUAUUAAGUCGCAGAAGGAUCUGUUUAUGAAACAUCAUAAUACAGCAGAUGGACGUAUCAAAGUGUGGCUUGGGAUAAGGCAAAUUAUGAAUUCAACUGAUCGAUUACUUACUGAGACGAGAGACACAGCAAAAGAACUAGAAACCGGGAUUCACAUGCAUAUUGCAGAGAUACCGUAUGAAAAUCAACUGAUUAUUGAAACUCGAGGAGUUGAUAAUGGAACUGUUACACAUCUCGAGAAGAUCAAGUUCCUACAGAACCAUUUGUUGGCAGCACAUACUGUUUGGGUCAAUGACAAAGAGGUUGAUUGUCUCGCAAAAGCUGGAGUCAAAGUGUCACAUUGUCCUGCUGCUGCAAUGAGAAUGCUUGGAUUUGCCCCCAUUAAGGAAAUGCUCCGCGCUGGUGUCUGUGUGUCCUUGGGUACAGAUGGUGCACCAUCAAACAAUAGAAUGAGCAUUGUUGAUGAGAUGUACCUGGCUUCCUUGAUCAACAAAGGUCGUGAAGUAUUUUCCACGGGAACCACUGAUCCUACAGCUUUGCCUGCUGAAACAAUUCUCAGAAUGGCCACAAUAAACGGUGCCAAGUCUAUACUUUGGGACAAGGAAAUAGGUUCGCUCGAGGUUGGGAAGAAGGCUGAUAUCGUCGUGAUCAAUCCCUCUUCUUGGUCUAUGAUGCCAAUUCAUGACUGCAUUUCGAGCCUCGUUUAUUGCAUGAGAACUGAGAAUAUCGUCUCUGUGAUGUGCAACGGCUGUUGGAUUAUGAAAGAUAAGAAAAUCUUAACCGUAGACGAGGAAAAGGUUCUAUCAAUGGCCAAGCAUGCCUCUGCUGAUCUUUUAAAGAGAGCAGACAUACAAAUUCCAAACAGAAUGAAUUUUGUGUGAUCACUUCACUGUGUAAAUUAAAGGUGUUUGUAAUGUUAAAACCAAAUAAAAUCUGCUUUGUAAUUGUGUUCUCAACCUUAUGGAUAAUUUCAAGGUCAAACUAUUGAUGUCUAGUAAUUAGACUGGAUAUGACAGCGUUUUAGCUGACUGAGGACAUGACUUUAGAUUGAAAGACAUGGAUGUUGAGAAUUAGGACGGAAGGGUAAGUGGUAAUCAAGUUUUGUCCUACUUCUAGCAGUAUGGUUUAGGUAUUAUGUCAUUUUUUUUCUCACUAUUGAUGUCGGGUGAUUAGACAAGAUAUGAUAACGUGUUGCUACACUUGUUUGGUGUAUUGCUAUUUCGUUG